UCAACAAGUAGCUGCGCUAACUUGCAUCCCCAAGCCACAGACAGACGGCUUGAAUGAAGCAAUAACUGUAACUUGCAUCGCCAUUGCAGUUCGGUUUCCCUCUCUCUCUUUCUCUCUCUCUCUGUGACAAAGAGUUAUGGUGUUCCCGCUAAAACCCCAAUUUGUUGUCUCCAAAAUUCAACCCCCUCUUCUGUCGCCUCCCUUUUCACUGCAAUUUCAACCCUUCCCUACUCGCUUGAAAUCGAAUUUCGCACCCAAGCAAAUUAGGGUUAGCUCCCAGUUCGACGUCAAGGUCAAUGGCGCUCUUUCCACUGAUCCCGACCCCCAUUUCCUCGAUCGGCAAAAAGCACUGGAAGCAGCAAUGAAUGACAUAAAUAAUUCAUUUGGGAAAGGGAGUGUCACAAGAUUGGGCAGUGCUGGUGGAGCUCUAGUAGAAACUUUUCCAAGCGGCUGCUUGACGUUAGACUUUGCCCUUGGUGGCGGCCUUCCUAAAGGCAGAAUUGUUGAGAUAUAUGGGCCAGAAAGUAGUGGAAAGACCACCUUGGCGCUCCAUGCAAUUGCAGAGGUGCAGAAGGUAGGAGGCAACGCCAUGCUUGUCGAUGCAGAGCAUGCUUUUGAUCCUACAUAUUCUAAGGCAUUGGGAGUUGAUGUAGAAAAUUUGAUUGUUUGCCAACCUGAUAACGGGGAGAUGGCCCUUGAGAUUGCAGAUCGUAUUUGCAGAUCUGGUGCUGUAGAUCUCAUCUGCAUUGAUUCUGUCUCAGCUCUUACUCCACGAGCUGAAAUUGAAGGGGAAAUUGGAAUGCAGCAGAUGGGUUUGCAAGCACGGCUUAUGAGCCAGGCCCUGCGUAAAAUGUCUGGGAAUGCCUCUAAAGCUGGGUGUACUCUUAUUUUCCUUAAUCAAAUAAGACACAAGAUUGGGGUAUACUAUGGAAAUCCUGAAGUCACCAGUGGAGGCAUUGCUUUGAAGUUCUUUGCAUCACUUCGGCUUGAAAUACGUACUAUAGGGAAGAUUAAAUCUGCUAAAGGAGAUGAAGACAUUGGGAUUAGAGUUCGUGUGAGAGUGCAAAAGAGUAAGGUGUCAAGGCCAUACAAGCAAGCGGAGUUUGAAAUUACUUUUGGUGAAGGAGUUAGCAAUCUGGGUUGCAUUUUAGACUGUGCUGAAAUGAUGAACAUAGUCUUAAAGAAGGGUUCCUGGUAUAGCUAUGGAGAUAAUAGGUUGGGACAAGGGAGAGACAGAGCAUUACAAUACUUGAUAGAGAACCCUCUUGUUUCUGGUGAAAUUGAGAAGCUUGUUCGGUCCAUGAUGAUUGAUGGUAUUGGCCAAGUGGGCUCGUCGCAUUUGAAGCACUUGCCACCACAGCAUGAACAUGCAGAUAUUUUUGAAGAGUUACAGUAGGAGUUUUGACCGAUCAAGCAAUGCUAUUGGUUGAGGAGCACGCAUCAAUCUUCCCUGGGUUGGUUUGUUUGAUGUCACCAAGUCUCCAUGCCACGGAGAGAGAAAUUUUGUGCAGGAAUUGAUGCUGGGUGCUUCAUGUCUUGGUUCUUAGUGUUGGAUAGAUGAUGGGUUGGUGGUGGGAUUAACCUCUGGGAAAUUGAGAAUUUGUUAUUUGCCUAGCUAGUGUCCUUGUACUUAUCUUCACAACAAUUGUCCAAUUAGUGUUAAUUAAAGAAAGAGCAUCAUCUUCAUCAUCA